GAGAAAGUCGACUUUUCAUUUUAUCGAUAGUUGAAAGUGGACAAAAAAUUUGUUUUUUUUUCUCUCAGUUUAGUUAUUAUUUUGUACAAUUGGCAUAAUCAAUAAACAGCAAGUGGUGUUUUCGCGAUAUAAAGGCGACGUCAUUGUAAUUACAUAUGUAGUUGUUGGGGCUACUUGCUGAUAUUGGUUCACCUUGAUAGGGGUAGUGGAAAUAUUACCAUUUACUUCGUCUAACUUAUCGGGCAUAUCCAACUUCACCCACUGACAUUACAUCAAAAUGAAGAAGAUUUUUUCUAAAUUCGACAAAAAUGAAAAGCUUGAGUCACAUCACAACUCCACAAAGGAAGUAAAUAGCUUUGUUGGGAAAGUGUUUACUGUUGGACGUGUCACGGUUACUAUAGAGGAUGUUCUGGCGGAAGGAGGAUUCGCCAUGGUGUUCCUUGCAAGAGGAAAUGUGGGCAAUACAAAAUAUGCGCUUAAGCGAAUGUAUGUCAACAAUGAACACGACCUUAACGUAGCUAAGAGAGAAAUACAAAUCGCAAGCAAUCUAAAUGGCCACAAGAAUAUAAUAGGAUAUAUUGAUUCCAGCAUAACACAUACUGGAAAUGGGGUUUGCGAAGUACUGUUACUAAUGCCGUAUUGUAAAAAUCAUAUGCUGUCUAUGAUGAAUGCGCGCUUACAAGUAGGGUUUACGGAACAGGAAGUUUUGACUAUAUUCUGUGAUAUCGCCGAAGCAGUCUCUAGACUACAUUAUUGUCAAACUCCAAUUAUACAUCGUGAUUUGAAAGUAGAAAAUAUUUUACAAAAUGAUGCCGGAAACUUUGUUCUCUGCGAUUUUGGAUCAGCAACGGCGAAAGUUUUAAAUCCCCAACAGCAUGGCGUUUCUGCUGUGGAAGAGGAAAUUCAGAAAUAUACGACACUCUCAUACAGAGCACCUGAAAUGGUAGAUCUUUUUAGUGGAAAAAAUAUAACAACAAAGGCUGAUAUUUGGGCACUGGGAUGUUUGUUGUAUAAACUUUGCUUUUUUACAUUACCUUUUGGAGAGAGCACCUUAGCCAUUCAGAAUGGGACUUUUUCUAUCCCAGAUAAUUCAAAAUAUUCUAGGGGCAUGCAUCAGUUGAUUCGAUUCAUGUUAGAGACCGAUGCGGAAAAACGACCAAAUAUUUGGCAAGUUUGCGAUGUUGCUUUUCGACUAAUUGGCAAAGACAAUCCGGUCCAGAAUUUGCAAAAAGUACCAGCUUUUACUCUUGAUCAGUUGCCAAUUCCACCAUUUGAAAGCGAAACUAAACGCACUUUGACAACAAUUACAAAAGCUGUCAAGCCGCAAACUGUCAAUAUAGUGGAAUCUGGUACAAGCGUGGCACCAAGACAAAGGCCUAAGGGAUCUUCAGCCGUCAACAUACAGAAACCGCUAGGAUUAGGUUUGCCACCAAGUCCUUCUCCACGUACCAAUAUUACAUCCCCUCAACCUCAACAACCAGUAGCGGAACAAUUUCAAGUUAACUUCCCCACCACUGCAAAUGUAGAUUUAUCGAAUACGACUACCGUGAAGAGCUCGUCCGAAGUACUUGUCAAUGCAACAAGCUCCAAUAAUAUCCCUUCCGAAAAAUUGAGUAGUUUGUUUGAUGCAACCGGGUUCCCAGAUCCAUUUAGCGAGUCUAUUGCGCCCAAAGCACAGCAAGAUGAAAGCGUGGAUAGAAAUAUUGUAUCUUCAAAGGACACAAGUGUGGAAUCAUCUAAUGUAUGCGAUCAACUUCUGUCGCCCCCAAAAACUUCCCUGCAAAAUGCUGCAUCUGGACAUCGUCGUAACGUUAGUGAUACUUCGGCUUUUAACAAAACGUUUGCGAAUGAAACUUCGCAGUUUCUUGCGCCAUAUGAUCAAUCUGUCAAGAGUCGCAGUGGCAAUAUGACUGAAGCUUCAGUUCCAGCAAACAAUUAUGGCGGUUCAAAUCCAGGAUUAUUUGUGCCUCCACCACAAUCAUCUAUUUCUAAUUCAGAACUAACAAGUACUUCUCAAACACAGCAAAUAAGCCGUUCCACAAUGCGAGACACCAUAGCAGCUCGAGUUGACGUCUGGAAUCCAUUUGAAGAACAACCAUUUAGUCAAAUGACCGAAGAUAAUAUAUUUGAAGCUGAAUUCGAUAAAAUACGCCAAAGAGGAAGUCAAGGAAGUAUUAACACAAAGUCUGCCUCGACUACUUCCACUUUAACACCUACAGAGACAAAUGUGGUUGGCACUGGAUCUAAUUCUACUGUUCCCCCAGCUACUGUUUCCAGUUCAACAACUACAGUUGGAUCUACACAACAGGAAGAUCCUUUUGGAUCAGCACCCUUCAGUUUGCCUCCUGGUUUGAAGGAGAAGACGGCAUCCCUACGUAAAACUGGAGCAAAAUAUCUUUUGGCAAGCAAUAACACAAGCGGUGUUUUUGGUUCAAAUACAAGUCAUAUUGUUGGCAGUGGUACUGGUAAUAUAAAUUUAUCAACAUCUUCAAAAUGGCUUCUAUCGCCGACGUUGGAGGUAAAUGAAGAAAGAACAUCCCUUAUAACCACUUUGAAAACAGACUAUGAUGGACAACCUCUACAACAAGAUGUCUCUUCAACAAUAAAUACCACUGGUACAUCAAUUCCUUUCGUAAAACUUGCUCUUGACGACCGAAAUAAAUAUGAAAAAUUACGUAGCAACGAAAUGGUGACCUCGGAUGACUCCGAUUCGGAAUUCUUCCAAGAAAAUUGCACUGCUAGUUGCGGUACCUCCAAAAAAGCAAUCUUUAAACAAAUUGUCACAAACAACAUUCCAGAUACAAUUCAUAAAAUUCAUCAGGCAGCAUAUCAUAAGGUAGACAAAACGCACAUUAAAGUUCCGAUUGUAAAAAAACUGAAAGAGAAAACAACAACAAAGAGACCGUCAUCAGCAGCUCACCAAGCUGCUCUGGAAGUAAAUGCAGUUUUGGAAGAACAUGAAAAACAGCAAAAGCAAGCCGAAAUGAUGGAAACUAUUGUCGAUGAUAUAAGUAAAUGUAAUGAUGACGCUGACUCCAUUGGUUCCGCUUCCGAUCUAAGGACAGAAGAUGACUUCUUCGAUGAGAAUCAUGUAAGUCAUAUAUCCCGAAAUAAUUGUAAAUUAAAACGACCCGAUUUGGACGGCGUAAGCGAAAGCGUGAAGACUUGCAGCUCAUCCGCAUACCAUGCCGAAUGUGAAUCGGUAACGACACACGAAGAUGAUAGUAGCCGCGUAGUGGUAAAAGUGCGUAUGCGAAAAAAAGACAGAAACUCUUGUGCUGCUUCCGCAAAUGAAGCUUUAGCUGUUGCAUCUGCCCUUUCGGACUUGAGCUGUGAACAAGAUGAACAUCCUUCAGAAUUCCUCAAUGCGUUUGGCGAUAAACCUCUACUUUUGGAUGACGAAUUAGACUAUGGCUCAGAGGAGACAGACUCUGCCUCCAAUCUAUACCAAACGCUCACAUCGAUACCAACAUAAAUACAUUCGAAGAAAGUAACGCUCUUAAAAUUGUAGUUAAUUGCAAAGACCAAGACGAACUAGAUGUUUUUGCAAUGGCACCGUUUAAUAAAAAAGAAAUUGGGAAUAUCAAAAAGAAACUACAUGGCAAAUAUAGCUCCAGGAAAAAAUCUAUUGACACAGUUGCAGGGAAUAUUCCGGACUCAAGUACGGAAAUGUGGACAUCGACGCCCAUUAAAUGUUUUGUUAAAACAAGUGAAAAAGAUGGGCCAACCAUUGUUUCGGGCCCAGACCAAGUUUUAGACAAUUUUAAUGAACCUGUCUUUAACCCUUUCGAAUAUGUUGAUAACAAACAACGUAGUAACAACAUUCAUAAGGAAGUACAAAGCUCAUCCCUUUACGGAACAGUAAAAGUCAUUUCAAAUAAUCCUGUUGAACCCUUGAACUCGGUAUGCCCUAAAAGCAAUUUUUUUGAAUCGGAUCCAUUCACCAGAAGUGCAGAAGAGUGUAGCAAAAAGAAAAAUAUGAAUCUAUACAAUCCUAAAGUAAAUAUCUAUAAAAGUUCUAAUACCACUAAAGAAGUCGGAACGGAUCCAACAGCUCAACUUGUAACUGUUAAUUCUUCCAUUAUUAUAAAUAAAACACCAGAACCAUAUAACGUGUCUAAGGAGGGCAGCAUUGUUACCAGGGCUCUAGCACCACAAAGUGGGUUGCCUGUAAAUGAGAAAAAAGAUCCCCCUCCAUACGCCAAUGUGCCUAUAUUCCAACCAAAUAAGUCUUCACAUGUUGAGCUUCCACAAAGGCAAACUGUGGUAAAUAGUUCCUUAGGUACGCCAGAACUCCUAACGGGUUGUACUCCAUAUCCA